AUGGUUGAACCAGCUAAAGAAAAAGAAUUCCUCAGGAAGAAAUUCCGUGUGGAGGAAGUCUUGAAGAAAAAGUUCAAGUUAUGUGAUGCUAGUUUAUUUGAAGUUCAAGAAAACAAUAAAUUUUCUCUCUUUGACCCGGUUUUUAAGACACAGCCCUCCAAUUCUCAUUCUUCAUCAGUGGCUAAUUUUAGCCAUACGAGAACUAGCACAACCAUCAGGGCAUGCACUGCAGCAGAAGCAGCAAAUCCCUAUCCUCCAAAACCAGGUUAUCCCUGGGCCUCAAACUUUUACUCCAUCCCUGCAAUACUCAAAUCCAGUGCCACCCCAAUCAUUGUUAACAACUCCACAGCAGGCAGCAAUGACUUUUCAGCAUCCAGCAACAAUUCACCAACCGGCAGCAACAAUUUCCCAACACUCAACAGCAUCUUCCUUUCAAAAUUCAACAGCCACAGUUCCUCAGCUCACAGCAACAUCUUCCCAACAGGCAGCAAUAUCAUCCCAACACCCAGCCACUAUCCCACAACAUUCAGCAAUAAUUUCUGA